CAGUAAUUUUUUAAUAUGAAACUAAGAACCCAAAAACCAAAGCUAGAAACUAAAAACGUCGGUUUGUGAAAGAGAUGGGUGUGAUCACCAGCAUCACCAACAACUUGGGUGUUCCUUUUUAUGGCGACCUGGUCAGGAAGAAGCUACCGCUACUAAUGUCAAGUAUCUGGGUACGGACAUGUACCUCUCUCUCUCUCUCUCUAUUGGGUGGUCAACCUUAAAUUGCUGAAUUUGCUGUCAAGUUGGCUUCUUUGUUUCACCUCAAUCUUGAGUGGAGUACUUGGAUUUUUUCUACAGUUUGUAGUAUUGGGUACUUAGAGGAUUUUUAGAGUUCUGGGGUUCCGUGUGUUAGUGGGAUGCAUCUAUCAAGAGUUUGGACGUGUGGAUUAUUUAUUGUUGCAUGGUUGUGUUGUUCUUCACUACUUAUUGGGGCUCAGAAACCGGUUACCAGCCCCGAAGAAGUGAAGGCUUUGCAGGCCAUCAAGAGCAGUUUGAUAGAUCCCAAUGGGAAUCUGAGUGAUUGGGAUCAAGGAGACCCAUGUACAUCAAAUUGGAGAGGGGUUUUCUGCUACAAUACACCUUUAGACGAUGGAUAUCUACACGUUGAACGAUUGCUACUACUACGUAUGAAUUUGUCAGGAACUUUAUCACCAGAGAUUGGCCGCUUAUCAAAUUUGACAAUAUUGGAUUUUAUGUGGAAUAACAUAAGUGGGAGUAUACCAAAAGAGAUAGGCAAUAUUAAGUCUUUGUUUCUCUUGCUUUUAAAUGGAAACCAAUUAACAGGUCCCUUACCUGAAGAGCUUGGUUAUUUUCCAAACUUGGACAGGAUACAAAUUGACGAAAACCAUAUAUCAGGACCAAUACCUAAAUCAUUUGCAAACUUGAACAAAACAAGGCACUUUCACAUGAACAACAAUUCGAUCAGUGGGCAAAUCCCGCCUGAGCUAUCCAGAUUACCGAGUCUUAUUCACUUCCUUCUUGAUAAUAACAACUUAUCGGGGUAUCUUCCACAGGAGUUCUCCGAACUUCCAAAUUUGCAGAUACUUCAAUUUGAUAACAAUAACUUCAAUGGGACUACAAUUCCAGCUUCUUAUAGCAAGAUGUCUAAAUUGCUGAAGUUGAGCCUUAGGAACUGCAGUUUGCAAGGACCAAUUCCUGAUUUUAGCCAAAUACCAAACCUUUAUUAUCUAGACCUCAGUUCAAAUCAGCUAAAUGAAACCAUACCUUCAAAUAGGUUUUCUCAGAAUAUCACGACUAUCCAGUUAUCCCACAACCAUAUUUCUGGAAAAAUUCCCACCAACUUUUCUGAUCUUCCUCAUCUCCAACAACUGUCAAUUGCAAACAAUUCAUUAAGUGGCUCUGUUCCAUCCUCCAUUUGGCAAAAUAGGGCUUUUAAUGGAAUGGAGAAAUUUACAGUGGAGUUGCAGAAUAAUAAUCUUGCAAAUAUCAGUGGCACUACUUAUCUACCUCCAAAUGUUUCUGUCUGGCUUCAAGAGAAUCCCUUAUGCUUGAACUCCAACCUAGCCCAGUUCUGUGGACCUGAAAUUGAGGAAGACAAAAACAGUCAGAGUUCAACAAAUACCACUUCUGUUUGUCAGGCUCAAGCAUGCCCAUCCUCUUACGAAUAUUCCCCUACAUCUCCAGUAGUUUGUUUCUGUGCUCUUCCUUUGUUUGUUGGAUAUCGGUUGAAAAGUCCCGCAUUCUCAGAUUUUCGUCCGUACAGAUUUAAAUUUGAGGAGUUCCUGACAUCUCAUCUUGAGUUAUCUCUUUAUCAGCUGUACAUUGAUUCAUUUACAUGGGAAGAAGGACCUCGAUUGGGAAUGCAAUUGAAGUUCUUUCCUGUAUCUGAUUCUGUAAACAAUGCUCAUACCUUCAAUAAGAGCGAGGUUCAGCGAAUCUUCGAUGCAUUCACAUCAUGGAAAAUUCACAAUAGUGACCUUUUUGGACCUGCUGAACUUAUCAGCUUUCCUAUACUGGGCUUCUAUAAAUAUGAUGAUGCCAACUCUCCAAGUUCUGGUUUAAGCAAAGGUGCAUUGGCUGGCCUAGUACUGGGGAUCAUUGCAGGUGCAGUUGCAUUGUCUGCAGUUGUUACUCUUCUGAUACUGAGAACGCAUGUGAGGAAUUACCAUGCGCUUUCAAGAAGACGCCAUUUGUCUAUGAGCUCCAUAAAAAUUGAUGGUGUAAAGGAUUUCACUUAUAGAGAAAUGGCUGUGGCUACAAACAGUUUCGACACUGAGGUUGGCCAAGGAGGGUAUGGUAAGGUUUAUAAAGGCAUUCUGGCUGAUGGUGUAGUUGUGGCCAUAAAACGUGCACAAGAGGGAUCUUUACAGGGUGAAAAAGAGUUCUUGACAGAGAUAAAAUUAUUAUCAAGGUUACAUCAUCGAAACCUUGUGUCUUUGAUUGGGUAUUGUGAUGAAGAAGGUGAACAGAUGUUGGUCUAUGAGUUUAUGUCAAAUGGUACUCUGAGGGAUCACCUUUCUGGUACACCUUCCAAGUGCAAAGAACCUCUGAGUUUUGCUAUGAGAUUGAGAAUUGCCCUGGGAUCGGCUAAGGGCAUCCUCUACCUACAUACUGAAGCUGAUCCUCCAGUAUUUCACCGAGAUAUCAAGGCCAGCAACAUAUUAUUGGACUCCAAGUAUAUGGCAAAAGUUGCUGAUUUUGGACUUUCACGACUUGCACCAAUUCCAGAUAUUGAAGGGACAGUGCCUACUCAUAUAUCCACAGUUGUUAAGGGGACACCAGGUUAUCUUGAUCCAGAGUAUUUCUUAACUCAUAAAUUGACAGAUAAGAGUGAUGUUUAUAGCCUUGGUGUUGUUUUUCUUGAACUCCUGACCGGGAAGCAGCCAAUCUCACAUGGAAAAAACAUUGUUAGAGAGGUUAAUGUUGCGAGUAAAUCUGAUAUGAUCUUUUCGGUCAUUGAUGGACGAAUGGGAUCUUAUCCUCCUAAAUGCGUGGUGAAAUUUUUGAAUUUGGCUCUCAAGUGUUGUGGAGAUGAGACAGAUGCUAGACCUUCAAUGGCAGAGGUGGUUAGAGAACUUGAAAGUAUAUGGCAUAUGAUGCCUGAUUCCGACAUUAUAUCAGGAGGUCCUAUGGUCACUAAUGCUGAAAAGCUUGCAACUCCACCAUCAUCAUCCUCUACGGUGAAGGAUCUUUAUGCAUUAGAGAUAUCUGGCAUUGAACUAGUUAGUGGAGUCACUCCAUCUAUCGCGCCUAGAUAGAAAACAUUUCUAAAAUAGAUUGUAUUAGAACCUGAGAUGCUAUGAUCUUGAUGUUGUGUAAAGUCUCACUCUUCAUUAUUCAUUACAUUUUUUUUUUUUUUUUUUGUAAACUAAUUAAUUAGACUUUUUUUUUUUGGUAAACUAAUUAGUUAGAGCUGUAGAUGGUGUAAUAAUGUCACUGUAAACACGUAUAAUAUUCAAUAAUGAAGUUGUUGAUACUUGAUAGUGAAAUUUUGAAAUACA